CUCGAAGUAAAUAAGCACGGGGGGACUUGGACUUAAGUCGGUCGACGACUACCUUUCACUCCGUUGGGUUUCUUAUUUGCAAAAUCUGUCUUGCAAUUUUGAUCAUCUAAGUUUUAAUAUAAUAAACGUUAUUUGUAGUUCGUAAUGCCUAUCAAAGGGGAAAAGAGAAAGGUGACCGGGAUGAAUGGGCUCACAGAUACGGACUCGGAAAAUUCCACAUUCAUAGACCGAAAAUCAAAAAAGUACAGAGAUCAUGAGGAUGCGUACAGGCCUUUGUCUGAACAAGAAAUUCACGACAUUUUAAUGAAUGAUGAUGAUGACGACGAUGAAUCUUCAAAUGAUGACCAUUAUGCAGAUAGAAAUAAGAAUGAAUGGGAGGUGGACAAAAUUAAAACUCCAAAUAGCAAAACUGAUGCGCUCGGCCUACAUGCAAGUGCAAAACGUUCCAUAGUAUUUUCUUCCCCUUCACCUAGGAAGGAGAAUUGCAAAGUUUCUCCUUUGAAACUGAAAAGAAAACUGGAAUACGCUGUCGAUAAAGUGUCAUCGCCUUCGACUAAACAUGCACAGAAUGUGGUUUCACCAAUAAUAAUAAAACGUAAAACUGAAAUUCAAAUAUUAACUCCUUCCAAGCUGAUAACUACAUCAUCUAACAUUGUAAAUAGAAGUGAGGACAAGAUGCAUUUGGAUUCACCACUUAAACGAACUCCUAUGGCUUUAGUAAAUAGGAAUAGUGAAGAUGUAACCACUACUCCAAAAAGAUCUACAAGAAAAUUGAUGACAGUUAAUGAGGUUACUGGUAAAGAAGAAACUACAACUCCAAGAAGAUCAACAAGAAAAGUGAUGUCAUCGGUAAAUGGCAAUACUGGAAAUGCCAGGACACCAAGAAGAUCCACACGGACGCCGAGAAUAAGUAACAAUGAAUGUGUUACAUUUGAACAUGCUAUAAUGAAGACAAUAAAAGAUUCAGGGAGGAAAUUGAGAGAAAGAAAUGAAGAGGAUGGUUAUUUACCCUUACUGCUUGGAUUAUCAUCUGAUGAAGAAUCAGAAGAAAUGAAGAUAACAGAAAGAGGCCUAAAAUCACUUAGAAUAGAAGAAGAUAAAGUUGAAAACACGAAGAAAACUUUAUCAAAAAGAAGUAAACGGUUGUCUGAGGUUAAAGGCAAAGAUUCGGAGAGUGAGGAAGCUACUUCACCCGCUAAUUCCAAUAAAAGAAAUAAGAAUGAUAAUAUUAGACUUUCUAGUUCACCAAAAGAUACAACAAAUUCCGAUAAAUACAUUCCGGUAAAAAGUCGGAAUAAAAUUGAUGAUGGUGUUGAACCGUUAGAAUUGAAAUCUCCGCGGAAAUUGAAUGUAAAAAGUGACAGCGAUGACGACAUACCUUUUAUCAGUUCUCCGAGAGUGUUGAGAAGCUGUUCCACUAAGUCACGUAUUGUUGCUACACCAAAGCGAGUGACUAGGAGCAGCAUAGCACCUUCUCCAAGGACACCGUCACUCAGAAAGCGUGUUUUAGAAGCCAAUACUCCAAAGGUUACUCCAAAGAGCGCAAUAAAUACAGAAGAGUUAAUGAAAACACCAGUUUCAAGCUCAAGAAGUCCAUCUGUCAGGAAAAAGCUCAUGUUGACACCAGCUACUCCCCACUCUCUAAAGAAAAUUGGCCAUGGGUUCCUAACGCCAGUCGCUGCUGAGAGAGACAGCUGUGCAAUAAAGGUUCCAAAGACAGGUUUGGAUUUUGCAAGGUCCCAACUUCAGGUUGCCACUCUUCCCAGCUCGCUGCCUUGCCGGGAGAAGGAAUUUAGCAACAUAAAAUCCUUCCUGCUAAGGAAACUAGAAGAUAUGACGGGAGGGUGCAUGUACAUUAGUGGGGUUCCUGGUACUGGGAAAACAGCCACAGUCCACACGGUAGUAAAAACACUCCAGAAGGAAUCACAAGAUGAUGAAGUUCCUGCUUUUGAUUUUGUCGAGGUGAAUGGAUUAAGACUUACCGAGCCGAGGCAAGCUUACGUAAGGAUAUGGCAGACGUUGACCAAGAAUAAACUCACUCCGGAGCAAGCCUUGAAAUCCCUCGAGGAUAAAUUCACUGGAAAAAACAAAAGAUGUUGUAUUCUUCUAGUUGAUGAGUUGGAUUACUUGUGCAACAAAAGGCAGGAUGUAAUAUACAACAUCUUGGAUUGGACAACAAAAAGAAAUUCAAAACUAGUCGUUCUAACAAUAGCAAAUACCAUGGAUUUACCAGAAAGGACCCUCAAGGGAAAAGUUACUAGUAGAAUGGGAUUGACGAGAUUAGUGUUUCAGCCAUAUACAUUUCAGCAAUUACAACAGAUUGUCAUGAAUAGGCUGAAUGGCUGCACAAGUUUUCAGGCUGAUGCUGUCCAACUUGUAGCAAGAAAAGUAGCCGCUGUUUCUGGAGAUGCUCGCAGGGCAUUGGACAUUUGCCGUAGGUCGACAGAACUUUUAGAAUCAAAAUCAGAAGUAGUUACUGUUCAACAUAUACAGAAAGCUUUGAAUCAGAUUUUCACUGGGAUUCGAGUUCAAGCAAUAAAGAAAUGCAGCCAAGUUGCUCAGUUGAUACUGAGGUCCCUGAGAGAUGAAGUUAUUAGGACAGGAGUCGAAGAGUCAACAGUUAGUCUUAUGCUUCCACAACUUAUUGCAGUCUGUGCUAUGGAGAGCUGCCCUACUCCAACUAUUGGAGAUAUUUUGAGCGUGUGCUCAGGACUAGCUAACUCUGGGCUGAUAAUUAUUGAGAAAGGAAGAGGCGACCUUAAUACAAAGCUCUCUUUAAAUGUUAGCCCUGAUGACAUUCACUAUGCUCUUAAUUGCUAAAUUUGGAGAUUUUAUCUUAUUUAUUAAUACGAUUUUAACAAAAAUGUUUCUCUUCUGUAUAUAUUAAUUGUAUAUUUAACAUUUAAUGAUCCAUCACAAUUAUUAUUUUGCAUGCACCUUGUUUCUUUUGUCUUCCAUGAUGUUUUAGAAUGUACAUAAUUUUGUAAAUUAAUUAUUUUAAAUAUUUUGUACAGUGUCAAAAUACUAAUUUUUAAUGUAUAUAUUUUAUUAUUUGUAUUUUAAAGUUUGCAUCUUUCUUAAGCUAAG